AUGGCACAAAAUAAUUUUGAUUUCAAGUUCAGCCAAUGUUUUGGUGAUAAAGCAGAUAUCGUGGUAACAGAAGCCGAUCUUAUUACAGCUGUAGAAUUUGACUAUACUGGAAAUUAUUUGGCUACUGGUGAUAAAGGAGGGCGUGUAGUACUCUUCGAGAGAAGUAAUAGUAGACAUUGCGAAUAUAAAUUUUUGACAGAGUUUCAAAGUCAUGAUGCGGAAUUCGAUUACUUGAAGUCCUUGGAGAUUGAGGAGAAGAUAAAUGAAAUUAAAUGGUUACGACCAACUCAAAGGUCUCAUUUUCUUUUGAGUACAAAUGAUAAAACAAUAAAGCUUUGGAAAGUUUAUGAGAAAAACAUUAAACUGGUGAGUCAAAACAACUUAACCGAAGGGGUUACUUUUGAGAAAAAGGGCAAGUCUGAUAAUCAUAACAGUAGAGGAGGUUCCGUAAAAGCUGUAUUAUCCCUACAAUCUUUGAAGCUACCUCAAUUAUCACAACACGAUAAAAUCAUUGCUGCUACUCCAAAGCGUAUAUAUAGCAAUGCACAUACCUAUCACAUCAAUUCGAUAUCGUUGAAUUCUGAUCAAGAAACGUUUUUAAGUGCUGAUGAUUUGCGUAUUAAUUUAUGGAAUUUAGAUAUACCUGAUCAAAGCUUCAAUAUUGUAGACAUCAAGCCUACUAAUAUGGAAGAAUUAACUGAAGUGAUCACAAGUGCAGAAUUUCAUCCUCAAGAGUGUAAUUUAUUCAUGUAUUCUUCCUCUAAAGGUACAAUCAAAUUAUGUGAUAUGAGACAGAACUCGUUAUGUGACAACAAAACCAAAACAUUUGAAGAAUAUCUAGAUCCCAUCAAUCACAAUUUUUUCACAGAAAUCACGUCAUCAAUUUCUGAUAUAAAAUUCAGUCCAAAUGGUAGAUACAUUGCAUCGAGAGAUUAUUUAACUGUCAAAAUUUGGGAUGUGAACAUGGACAACAAGCCUUUGAAAACUAUAAAUAUCCAUGAGCAAUUGAAGGAAAGAUUGAGCGAUACGUAUGAAAACGAUGCGAUCUUCGAUAAAUUUGAAGUUAAUUUCAGCGGCGAUAGUUCAAGUGUAAUGACUGGUUCUUACAAUAAUAAUUUUAUGAUCUAUCCAAACGUAGUAACCUCAGGUGAUAAUGACAACGGCAUAGUGAAAACUUUUGAUGAAAACAAUGCGCUGAAUAGCAACAGUAGCAAUAGUAACAACAGCAACAAAAACAAUAACAACAGCAUACAGAAUAAAGAUUCGAGCAGCAGUAGCAGUAGUCACAAGCGUAGAAGUAAUGGACGCAAUACAAGCAUGGUUGGUAGUAGUAAUAGCUCCAGAAGUAGUAUAGCCGGGGGUGAAGCAGCAAGCGCAGAAGAUCCGGGAACGGAAAUGAAUGAAAUCGUGUUACAAGCUGACAAAACGGCAUUCAGAAACAAAAGAUACGGUUCAUUAGCACAGAGGUCAGCAAGAAAUAAAGAUUGGGGUGAUGAUAUUGAUUUCAAGAAGAAUAUUUUACAUUUUUCAUGGCAUCCGAGGGAAAACAGUAUCGCCGUCGCUGCAACCAAUAAUUUAUUCAUCUUUUCCGCAUUAUAG